AUGUCGUACACUCAGCGCGAGACUCCGAUUCUUGCGGAGCUCUGCACCUUCCUCGUUGAGGAUAUGUAUGGCGAACUUGCAGCGCGCGUCUUCUCAGUCCUCGCGCGCUUUGGGCGGCAGCGGCGUGCAGAGAUUUCCAAGGCUUCCUACCUUACUUCGAGUCAAAUCAGCCUCGGUCUCGUCAUCUUGACCCAGCAGCACCUCGUCUUUCAUUCUCCCUCGACCGAGCCCAUCGUCUUCUACGACAUCGACUGGCAGCAGUCGUAUUCCCUAGUCCGUCACGCGAAGAUCGCCCAUUUUGUUGAGGAACGCUUCGACAAAAAGUCUGCGAAUGUCAUCUCGAACCUGCUGACAUUGGGUCACACUUCGGUUGCGGAUCUGCGCAAGGCCUAUUUCCCCCCUUCUCAAGGUCAAGAGGAGGCAGUAAACGGCAAGAAAGUGAAUGGGACAAAAACCAAUGGGGAUGCCAGCAAUGGAGACACGUCUUUGGUGAAUGGGUCGUCGCAUGAUGAGCACGAUGAUGAAGUCUUGGGAUCGCCAGAAGAGCUUUACAGCAUUGUUCAAAAUUUAAUAGAACACGGCUGGGUUAUACAAGUCGCCGAAGCGCAGUAUCUAUCUGCAGAAGACAUGCACAACAUUGCGCGCCAACAAGCUCUCAAUAACGAAUGGGGCGGUGCCGUUCCCACCGGAACCAAAGACAAGGACAGGCUCGCGCAUCUCAUAAUGGCAAACAAACGUCGCAUCCGCGAUGCGUGGUUGGAGGUUCCGAACUUUUCCUCCAGGAAACGAAAAGCUAACGACUUCGACCACGGCUCUAACAAGCGAACGAAAGUCAAUGGACAAGGUCAAUAUGGCAGCGCUGGCGGUUUCGAUCAUUCUCCUGAAGAUGAUCUGGUCAUUCGCGUUAACCCAGAAAAAGCAGCCGUGGCAAUGCGCAACCAGCACCUCGUCUCUCUGGUCGAGCAGCGCAUAAGCUACACUACUGCGCGUCUCUACGAGAUCUUGCUACGGUCGCUAGAAAAGAGCAUACCUCGUUGCUUUGAGGACUAUCCCGACCCGUUCCCUGCAAAUAUCGAGGACCAGCCACAGUGGGAGCCAAAUCCUGAUCACGUAGUCAAUACCAAGGACAUUGCCCAGCGGGCCAAGAUAAUUGGGUUGGACAUCUGCAACGGUCUAGAUCCGAAUGCGGUUGCUCGUAUCACCAAGAAUACGGUUAGUAAAGAUGGCGUACUCUCUCAGCCUGUGGAUCCUUCAUCCUUGAGUUUCCACGAGCGCUCAGAGAUUGUAGAGGCCCACCUCAGCCUCCUCGUCGAUCAUCCCUUACGUUUUGUCACCUGGCACGCUCGAGGACAAUAUAGAGUUGACUUUGACUUGAUGGCGAAGAGCUUGAUCCAGCAAGAGAUUGAGAAUACAGUACUGGCAAGGAAAAGCACGGUCGCAAUGAAGCUUCUCCGCGCACUCAAGAAGAAAGGCAAGCUGGACGAGCGCCAAUUGUGCAACACCAUGAUGUCCUCUGCCAACGACGUUCGAGGCAUUGUCAACGAUCUCACUGUCCAAGGCUUCGUGCAGACGCAGGAGAUCCCAAAGGUCGAUCGACGGGAGGCGAAACUGUCGAUGCAUCUCAUUUGGUACGAUGUUCAGCGCGCUCGCGAGAAACUACUACACGAUACCUACAAGGGCCAAGUACGGAUUCUGCAACGCAUUGCCUUCGAGCGCGAGAAGAUUGAGGAGCUAUUGUCUAAGGCGAACCGUACAGACGUCGCGGGAAACGAAACCAAAUAUCUGAAGCAGACCGAGCUUGACGAUCUAAAGAAAUGGAAAGAGGUGCAGGAAAAGCUGUUACUGCAGCUUGCCAGAGAGGAUGACCUGGUGGCGGUCCUGCGAGACUACUGUGGACCACUGCUCACUGCUUGA